AUGUUUCGUUUUUUAUGCAAAUUCAAUUUUAAAUAAAUGACAAAAUCAUAAGCUGAUUUUUAUCAUGCUAAUGGUUAUCUAGUACUUCCAAAUAUUAUCAAUCAUCAAGAAAUAGAUAAACUUCUUUAAAGAACUAAUGAUUUAGUCGAAAAAGCUGAUUUAGUGAAUAAUCAAGUAUUUUUCAAUCCUUAUUCUAUUCUAGAUGUUUUUUGAUACUAAAAAUGCACCAAGAGGUAUGAGCUUUUUAGAUACUGCAUCUAAAAUAGGCUAUUUAUUAGAAUUAGGUAUGGUUGAUGAAAAAGGAUAAAUUAAAGUUAAAGAUAAAAAACUUGCCCUAAACAAAAUUGGCCAUGCAAUGCACGAUCUUGAUCCAGUUUUUGAGAGGUUCUCAUACAAUAACAUUUUCAAAGCCAUUCUUAAAGGGGUUGGAUACAUUGAUCCCAUUCUUGCUCAAACUAUGGUAAUAUUUAAAAACCAAAAAUUUGGAACUGCUGUUGAUAUGCAUACAGAUAAUACAUAUAUUAUUAGUGAACCAAAACUAUCAUGUAUAGGAUUAUGGAUAGCACUUGAAGAUGCAACAAAAACUAAUGGAUGUAUGUUUGCUUUUCCAAAAUCUCACCUUACACCAACAAGUUAUUUCAAUGUUUUGGAUGAAACCAGAAGAAAUACAAAAAUGAUUGGAAAAAAUCCAGAAUAUAAUAAGCAUUUUGAUCCAUCUAAAGCAGAAUGCUUAGAAGUUUCUAAAGGUUCAGUUAUUUUGCUUCAUGGAGAUCUUGUGCAUUUUUCAGGACAUAAUAAUUCAUCAUAAUCUAGACAUGCAUAUACACUUCAUUUUAUAGAAGGUCACAAUAAUAAUUGGAGCAAAUAAGCAUGGCUAUAAAGAAUUCCUGAAUUACCUUUUUAAAAGUACUAUCAAAGAGUAUCAGAAAUUAAUACAUUUUGA